CUUCAGUACGACAUCACGAGUCCCACAUAUCACACAGCUACUCGUGAGGAUUUAAAUCGUACCAAAAUGACAGAGCAGGCCAGCACUGAACAGAAGAAGGAACGGUUCGCGCCAAAAGUUCCAGUCCAGCUUGACCCACCAAAAGACGACCCAAUAACGCCGGAGUACCUGGCAAUGUGCGAUGGUGAGCACGAGGGGUACCCAACCUUAGUUGCGAUCAAAGGCACUGUGUUCGACGUUAGCAAAAAUGAAGCCUAUGCACCAGGAAAGAAUUAUCAUGUCUUUACUGGAAAAGAACCGAACCGCGCCUUGGGCUUGUCUUCCCUGAAGCCUGAAGAUUGUGUUCCAGAAUGGGAAGACCUUGAUGACAGUUCUAAGAAAACUUUGGACGAUUGGUAUACUUUCUUCAGCAAGAGGUACAAUAUUGUUGGGAAGGUGAAAAGAAGCUGAGUGGGUAUAGCGAAUGUAGUCUUUUCUUUUCUCAUUUUUCUUAAAAAUUAUCGAUUGAGCGAAAAAUCAGAGUGGAAACCUUUGCUGUAACCAAUGUCGCACUCCUAACAUAGGAUAGUACAAGUCCCGUCGCAUGGCGAAGCUUCUGCUAUAGAAGACUGGGGUACAUACCAUCAAGGAGUUUCCGAUGGGGAAUUUCAUCUAAACAUGUUGUGCACAAACACAAUUUGCGUAACAUUGCCAGCCGAAGAUCCGGUUGCAAUGGGGCCAAACUCUUUGUUCUGCUCAACCAAGAGGGAAGACUAAUUCUAUAGUGGUAAAAACCAAGCCAUGCAUUUUCAUCUUGAAUUGAACUGUCCAUUGCC